AUGGUCGUGCCCCCGGAAGUGUACCUGAACCGCAAGAAGGUUAGAUUCUUCCCGGGUCGACCACGAGGCUCCGUUAGGAUCCGGACUAGACCUCAAGGCUUUGAAGAUGGAGUCGUUCUCGAUAGAGCAGGCUUGCCUCCGCCUUCUCCGUCUCCAUCUAACAACAGUGCAGGAGGCAUAGACGACUCGGAACUUCAUGAGGGUCUUGUGCAAGGCGCUUUGACGACGAUCACGACUGCAGCCAUCAUGGCCGGCCCAUCAGAACCGGCUGAAGAACAUCUUUGUGGUUUGUGCAAUCUCGCCGAACGAAAUCCCUACUUGUCCUCUCCAUUCCUGACGGCGAAUGUCGGUCCGAAAAUGAACGAUCCUGAGAAACCUCAAAAACGAAAACGUAUUCGGGCCUCCAAGAUGACUGCGGAAGGGAGCGCGACCUGCCUCGAAGACAUUUGUAACGUCGGGGUGAUUCCGGGAGAAGAUCCAGUCGAUGUGGCGAGCGUAGCCGAUUCGUCCGGGAACGCUUACAUUCAUGAAGUAUGCGCGAAGUGGUCCGUCGAUUUCGAGCCCGAACGAGGUUCUAUCGAAAAGCUGCUUGAAGAUUCGCUUAGACGAGCUUGCAGCCACUGCCGAAGACUGGGCGCAUCGGUGCGAUGCGCUCGCGACGGUUGCGGCCGAAUGUUUCAUUUAUUGUGCGCCGUGGGUUCAGCUUGCGCGAUCAAAGAGGAGAGGAUCUACUGUCAGGGCGAGCACUCGUCUGAACUGAAGAUCUCGUGCGAAACUUGCGCCAAGUCCACGGAAACGCGAGACAGUUUAUGGUGCACUCAAUGUGCGAAGUACUACCAUGUUAGUUGUACGGACACACCGCCAGGAACCUCGGUCGUGUCAAAUCUUCGGAUGGGUUGGCUGUGUAUGGGCUGUCGCGUAUGUCCAAUUUGUCACGGAGGAAACCUCGACCGGGCAGUAACGUGCGACUGCUGCCGGAAAUGUUAUCAUAUGCAAUGCGUCAAGCCCGCUCUCAACCACCUGCCCAAGAACGGCUAUAAGUGUGUCUUAUGUCGCUUCUGCGGGGAUUGCGGCUCCCGGACCCCGGGUUCGGGUCCGUCGUCUCGAUGGCAUAUGAACUACACCGUGUGCGAUUCCUGCUAUCAACAACGAAAUAAGGGCAUGAGCUGCCCGCUCUGCGGAAAAGCUUAUCGAGCUUCAUCCUCGUCGAAAAUGGUUGAUUUUACGCAAUGUUCUACGUGCAAAAGAUAUAUUCACAAUGAUUGUGAUCCACAAAUCCACGCGAACGAAGGACGAGAUAUCAGAGAAUACACCUGUCCAGCAUGCCUCCAGCCCCGGCAAGCGGUCGAUCAAGACGAAGUGUCUUCAUCGGCUCUUUCCCUGGCCAACGACAGCAGUGCAGACGCGCCUUGUCUGUCGCCCGUGACCAUCGAAGAAGCGACAUCCGCUAUAGGUAUCGGCAAUUACGGUGCGGGAAAACCGAUGGGCGUCAUGGGAGUGUCGUCCAGAGGAAAAGGGCUGCGUGGCAUGAGACGACCUCGCGGUGCGGGACGAGGUCAGGUCGGGCGACCGCCGACGAACCCCCUCAAACUAAGAGGUCUCGGCAGAUGGGACGCGUCGACAGCGACCCAGGCCAAACAAUCGAAGAAGGAUUUCGAGUUCGAGCGGGACGCUCUCCUGAACGUCGGCGGCUGCGGUGGCAACGCAGCGGGAAAACUCACCGACGAAGAAGCGACGCAAGAUUCGAAAGUAGUUCUGUUUUCAGCCAACGACAAGUUCGUACUCCUACAAGACAUGUGUGUGCUCUGCGGAAGCUUCGGUAAAGGCGAAGAAGGUCGAUUGAUCUCGUGCGCGCAAUGCGGUCAAUGCUACCACCCGUAUUGUUGUGGAGCCAAGGUCACUCAGACGACCUUGAGCAAAGGUUGGCGUUGUCUCGACUGUACCGUUUGUGAAGGUUGCGGUCAACCGCACGAUGAAAGCCGCCUGUUAUUGUGUGACGAUUGCGACACGUCGUAUCAUACGUAUUGUCUGAAGCCUCCGCUGGAGACGGUGCCGCAAGGUACGUGGAAAUGUGAGCACUGUGUCUUCUGCCUAAUUUGUGGCUCACGGAACCCCGGACCGGAAGGUUCGGAGUGGCAUUCGAACUACACCCAAUGCGCUCCGUGUGCGUCAAAGUUCCGAUGCGUGCUCUGCACGUCGGACUAUUCGGACGGCGACAUCAUCAUCCAGUGUGAUAAAUGCUCCCGAUGGUUGCACGGCAGAUGCGAUGAAAUAUCGUGCGAGGAGGACGCCGAGCGGUGCUGCAACCUCGGCUACAACUGUCCUCUGUGUAGACCGAAGGACACCUUGCCGGCCCAUCUAGUGCACGAUCUGCUUAUGGACUCUCCGUGCACGUCACCCGCGCCCCAAGAACACAAGCAGAAAGCGCAUCAUCUUGUCGACGGCGUCUAUUUGACCGACAUCGGUCUGAACACGAUCAAGUCCCUCACGCUCGAGCCCCCGAAGAGGACGCGAACUGUCCGGCCGAAAGAUGCUCUGGGCAAUAAGCUUCCGACUCUUCCGAGUCUCCAGACUAUCGGAGGUCAGCGGCGAGCGACGAUGGACGAGCUCGCAGACGGAGAUCCGUUCGAGUUCGAAGCCGAGAGCCUCCUCGAGGGCCUCGAAGGCGACGAAGAAAUCAAACGGAAGAAGAAAAUUCAGAAACUGGGAAUCGGUGGAUUUGUCGCCAAUGCACGAUCGCGUGCCAUGUCCAGCAAAGACGAUGCUACGUACGCUGUCGAGGCUUCAAUGCAGCCCUACGUCGACGACGGCGGCGGCGACGAUCUCGAUAAAGGUGGUGCCGCCGGCGGCGGUGCUACCAAACAGCAGCGUAAGCGACGUCCGAAGAAGAAACGGACGAUUGAGGAAAGCAUGCCGUCACAUAUUCAGGAGGCAUUCUUUGGCAUGACACUGCUCAGUGCCACGAGCAACGCUUCAACGGACGCCUUCGAAGAUCUCGAACCGGUCUCGGGCGCAGACGAAGACGACCGCAAGUCGGUCACCGUGAACAACGUCAAGAGCAGCAAGAUCCCUGUACUCGAUCAGCAGAAAGCUUCGGGUCUUGAGGGUGUUUCCGGAGGAAGUGUCAGUGGCGGUCUGGCUGGAGUGGCUCCCGAUCUCGGUAUUGAUGACAACAUUGUGGCCAACAUCGAAUACGACGAAGAGCUCCGAGAUCUUCUACCCGCCGAUCUGCCCCAGGAGCUGAGGGACGACGAGUUGAUGGACAUGAUCAUGCAGGAAGCCGACGCCUCGACAGGUGGAUCGAACGUUGACACUGCGGAUUCUCUCCUGAGCGCGGCGGCAUCAGCGCUCCCGCACAUGGACGGUCAAGAUGUUGAGGACGUUUUCAAGGGCGUACUGAGUCCUCCGAGUGCCCCCGGUGGACCGGCAGUCGUAGCGCCGAAUCCGGAGCGCACGGGGAUUUCGGCCACCUCACCAGCGCCCUCGUGGUCUUCGCAAGACCUGGACGACGUUUCGUCUAACCAUUCCGGAGGCUCGAACAACAAGAAUACCAAGAAUAAUAUGCUCAAAUGGGAGCCUGAUGAAGCGCUUGGAGACAAAGCGACCAUUUCUAUGGUUCUCUACGCCAAUCUUAACCAUCCAAACCUGAAGCAGGAGUAUCCCGUCUGGACAGAUCGGGCUAAGCAGAUUGCCAAGAUCUGGCGGAAUCUCCCGAACGAACAACGCGCGCCGUAUGUGCAGAAAGCUCGAGAGAAUAGAAAGAGCCGGUUAGUGCAAGAGAAGGGUAACGCGACGACUCCGACCGCGACAACUCCAAGCCAAUUACCGUCCCCGUGGAAGCAGAAUAUGGAGCGCAAAUCAUCCAAAGGCGGACCAUGGCCGACAAAUCACCCGAAUCAGCCGGCAGGAGCUCAGAGGAAUCCUUCCGUGACGAGUGGACCUCCUCCCCCUGCAGCAGGAUGGUCUGUGGGUUAUAACCAAGCUCCGAAAUCCGAACCCCAAGCUCCACAAGUUGCGCCCGAUGACGGCUUAGAUGAUGACGAGUUGUUCGGCCUGGGCUCCGAUUUCGAUCUGCUCGAAUACGCGGAUCCCGAAAACGAUACGAUGACUUCGGGGAAUUCGAAUACAGCCACGAGCGAGAACAAUAAGUCACAGGACGCGAAGCAGGAAAAAGAUGCCGGAGGAGUUGCUAUUCAGCCUGGACCGAAUCCAUCCGGUCAACAGUUGCUCCUCGGUGAGCUAGACAAGGCCUACAGAGAGAACAAGAGUCAAGCGACCUCGGAAUCUGGCCUCCUGAGCGACGUCGAGUUCGAGCGACUGAAGGCCGAGAUGUUCAGCACGGCUGAGGAAGUUUUAGCUGCGAACGCGGGCGGACCCCCGAGACCACCGCCUCCGCCUCCCAACCAGAGCAUGGGACAAAAUCACGCACAACCGGGUCAGCAGCCGCAGCAGCCCAUGAUGUCAAUGAUGAUGCAAGGCCAAGGAUCCAACGUAGGAAUGCAGUCGCCGCAACAGGUUCAAAUGCCGUCCCAGGUAGUUCCUCAUCCCAUGUCACCACAUAUGAUGGGACCCAUGGGUCAGAGACCUCCUGUUCCUCCUCAAAUGAACGCUCCUCCACCGCUCAUGGCGCAAGGCAAACCCGGUCAGCCGAUGCGGCACAUGGUACCUCGAAUGCAGAGUCCGACAAGUGUGGUCAAUCCGAUGAUGAGAGGUCCGAUGAUGCCAGGCCAGACGCACGGACAAGGCAUGCCGGGCGGGCCUCAAAUGCGGCCUAUUGGCGGUAUAAAUGCGAACCCGGGCGGCGCUGCGCCCGCGCAGUCCAUGGCGCAAAUGUCACCCGUCUCGCAGGCGCCAUUGGUCACCGCGCAACAGUUCAAACUCCAGACGCCCCCGCCGCCACCAGCGCCGUCCGACACGGACUCGUCUCCUGAAGUGAAAUGCAAUUACGAAGCGUGGCUGCAGAAUCAUGACGACAUGCUCUCGAAACAGAAGAAGUCACUCGAGAACGAAGUGGGUAAACUGCGAAAGAUCAAGAAGGCGUUGACAGCUAAGCAGAGACAGAUGGUCAAAGCCGGUAGUGGCCAGGAACUGAACGAUACCGACAGUAGACAACUGGCGUACGUCACCCGUGAGAUGCCGGGUUUGCAGAAGCAGCUCGAUCAGUUGAGAAAGCUCCAUCGACAGCAUACGACUACCGUUCAAGAGUAUCGUUCGAAGAAGCAACCGCAACUGCAAUCCCACCAACAGCAGCAGCAGCAGCCGCCGCAACAACAACCACAGCAGCAGCAGCAGCAACAACAAAUUUCGCAAGCCCAACAGAUGUCCAUGCAACAGCAAAUGACGUCAAUGACGCAAACGUCAAUGCAAGCUGUAGGAAUGCAGAGUCUUCGCGGACCUUCCGCAUAUCCGCCCAUGAGUCCGCAGCAGCAGGCAGGCGGACAAAUUGGACCUGGCAUUGUGAGCCAGAGAAUUAUGCGGCCUCCACCGCCAUACCCUUCGGCAAUACCAAUGUCCGGAGUCCAACAGCCACUUGGGCAGCAGCUCUCGAACAACAUCAUGACGUUAGGCUCUCCUCAGCAGCAACAAAUGAACCCCAUGGGACAUGUGCAGGCUUGUCCUCCCUCGACUGGCCAAGAACAGCAUUUCCGUCAAGGUGGUACGCCCGAGUCUCCUUCGCAUGAUUCCCUUUCUGCAAACGCAGCUAACCCAAUGCAGCAGCAACAACAGCAACAGACGGCCAACGCUCCUCCGCAACAAGUGGCUCAACAAUUCUCACCGCAUCAUCGUGCGGGGACGCCGCAGCAAUGUUUCUCUCCGGCAACUCCCCAAGGUCCGCCGCAAGUGUUCUCGCCGGCUCCGACCCAACAGGUGUUUUCGCCCGCGAACACGGCCUUUUCGCCAGGACACAAUGCGACCAACGGUCCGGGAGGCGAUGUGAAUAACCCAAACAGUAACCCAGCUUUACUCAUGUACCUUCGUCAGAGUCCGGGACCGAGUCCCGCUCAACGGACUCCGCCGCACUUCCCCGGGAUGUCUUCAUAUCAAGUUCAGUCGCCGGCAGCUCCGCCGUUCUCGCCUCAUCACGCUCCAUCGCCGGCCCCAUCGCCAUCGCCAGGACAAGGUCUUCACGGCCACAGUCCGGCUCCUUCGCCGGCUCGAAGUGCUCCAUCCCCGAAAUCGAGUCCGAUGCCCCCUUCGGGUCGACAGAACGUCUACGCGGUGGGACUGAGCAAACCGACGGCGCACAACAACAACAACAACAACAACAACAGUAGUCUCAAAGGUGGAGCACUGCGUACUGGACCAAGAGAUGACGCGACGAGCGACAUCAGAUUGAUAGACGAACGUUUGUGGAGUGCGCACCGUGAGAGUAGCGCUGAAGCCGAUAGAGACAUGGCCGAGUUCCUGGACUACUUGGAAAUGCAAAUGUGGAUCAAGACUCGAGAAAACGACGAGAAGAAGCCGGAAGCGAGCAGCUCCGGCUCCAGGUCCGGCAGAGGACAGGAAUACCGAGAGAGGGGUGCCAACAACGAUGAUGAAGUCUCAACGAAAAACAAGCUGUCAGGGCUUCGAGUUUUCGCUGUAGGCGAUUCCGCUUAUAGAAAUAUGACGAUCGUCCGUGAAUCCGGCUCUCGAUUGCUCGGUGGCAAUCCGGAUUCUCUUCCUGGUGACUCGAACGGUCAACAGGCAACAUCAGCGAGUGCGUCUUCGUCAUCAGGCGAUUUUGGAGGAUCCUCGUUCAACGUUGAUGAUGACGUACCCGAGGACGUGACAGGAAGCGUGGACGUCUCAGCCAGCGUGUUCGUAUCUGUCCAAUUUGACGAUGAUAACAAUAGUCCAAACUCUGCCAUAGUCUCGGCGCAGCAAGCCGCCGUUGAUCAAGACUCGUUCGUAACAACUUCGGUCGAAGAUCAUAAUUAUUUCAAUACGCCCGUAGCGUCGAACGCGCCACCGACCGACGUCGAUUUGGAGGUGGGCAGCCCUUCGCAGGAAGCACAUGAGGACGACACUCCCGUGCUUUCUGAGGGGGUCGUUCCAAGCAUGGCUGUGAACUCAUUGGUCGGCACCGCCGGAAUCCUGUCGGAGCCGGGAACCCCGAACUCCGGUCGAGGCGUGACGUCGACCGCAAACUCUAGAGAGGGUACACCGAUUUCGACAGCGCCGUCCCUCGCGCAGCAGCAGCAGCAACAGCAGCAGGUGUUCGUGGUCGCCGAUCAGAAUCAAAAUGUCACCGGUGUCGUGACCGACUGUCAAGAAACUGAAGCUUCUCCGAGUCCGCCUGUCCAAUCUCCUCUUGUGACUCCGGAAAGCCCUGUUGUUGCUCCUGCAACUCCAACGACUCCGACGGUGGUGUCGACGGCAUCAGUAGCAACGACGACGACGACGUCGACGACGCAAAACGGGAAACCGACCGAGAACACGAUUAGUUUCACGUUGCGUCAGACUACCUCGCCAGGACUCGAAGAUCUACAAAAUCAAAAACCGAUCGCUGCUCCAGCCACAAACUCAAAGGUGCAAUCAACGACGACGUCUCCCAGCAGCGUGACCGCAUCAUCCCAAGCCCAAUUGCCGCAAAUUCAGUCGCAAACACCCCAGAACCAGCCAGAGCCGCUGGUCCAGCUGCAGCCUCAACAGGUGGUUCAACAACUGUCCCAAGUACCGCAGGCACCGCCGUCGCAGCCUCCACGGACGGCUGCGUCUCAAGCAGAACAGCAACGACCGCCCUCGCAGCAACAGCCGCAGGCGGCUCAGCAACACUUGCCCCCAGCGACGCAACCUCAGCAACAACCGACGUCGCAGCAGCAGCAACAGCAGCUGUUGCAGUCGCAACAACAACAGUCGCCGCAGUCGCAUCAACAACGGCCGCCGCCGUCGCAACAACAAGCGAUAUCGCCGCAAGAACAGGCGGCUCAGCAGCAGUCAUCAUCACCAUUACAGCAACCGCAGCCCCUAUCCCAACAGUCACCCCCGCAACAACAGAUACAACAACAGCAGCAGCAGCAGCAACAAUUAUCGUUAAAUCAACCACCGCAGGUCCAACAACAACAGCACCCACAACAGCCACAUGGGCAAUCCCCCUCUGUUGGCGAGACGGUCCUCUCCGUCUCCUCCCGUAGAGUCCCGUUUCCUGUCGCCACGACCAACAGCUCCCAGUUGGCACCGCCGUCUGUGAUUCAAACAAAACUGGGCGGCCCGUCGCAACCCCUGGUUCAGAUCCAGGUGACGCGGAGCCAGACUGAAAUCCAGUUCGGACAGAAUCCUUCCCUCAAUCCAACCCUCAAUCAGUCAAUCAAUUCCCACCAACCCAACGCAACUCAAGGAAAACCGCCUAUCCAGCCUAUUCAGACUAUUGCGUCCGGCCUGAUGCCUCCUAAACAGAAUGUUCUUUUAAAGCAGCUGCUGCAAAAUUGCCCUUCGGCAGAGUCGGGCACAAACUCUCCCAACUCGAAUACUCCAGCGCUCGGAGGCAACAGUGGAUCUCCCGUUGUGGUUGUGAAAGAGCAACCGACUCUCAUAACGUCGCAGCUUGUGAACAAUAACAAUAAUAUAAUGAACACUCUCAAUAACAAUAGCAGCAGUGCUCCUAUGAUGAACUCGCCGACCAUCAACACGUCCGUCACUCCCGUGACGACCGUGUCUUCGGAGUCCGUGGUCACGACCCUGUGUCCUCAGAUCUCCACGACACAAAACCACCAACAGCCGCUGCAAGUUGUAUCGCACAACAACAACAAUAGCAUAAACAUCAACAACAACAAUAAUAAUAUUUCGUCGCCGAUAACAUCGAACGAUGUCCAUGGAAUUAGUCCAGUGCGUACGAGCGGGGUCGCUCCGUUGCCCAUCGCGGCUUCCCCGACGAACUCCAUCGCGAUCGCUUCCCCGUCGCCCACUCAUACAACAAGUGUCCCCAUACAAUUGAACAACUGUCACCAACCAUCCCAAAGUCCGAAUCACAUGGUCAGCCCUAGUCCUCCGUUGAGCUCACCUCGGCUGCCGGUACCUCCGCACAGCCAACAAGCGGGAGGAGCCCCACCGCCGCACAUGGUGACCAGUUAUUCGAUACAGCAGAGCCAGCCGCAAGGCUCCCUUCUGCAGAGCACACUUCAGCAGAACCACCAUCCAACGAUGCAGGGUCCCCCGGCUCCAAUCCAGACAUCAGGAAUGCCCAUGCCCAACCAACAGCCGAUCCGGAUGGGCAUAAAUGUGCGGCACGGACCACUUCCGCUGGGGAUUCCCCCCGGAGCCCGGUCACCCGGAUGCGGGGGUGGGACGUCGCCCUUCGAUUCGAACAUGCCCCAAAGCCCAUUCAUCAAAAACGAACUAGCAUCGCCAACGGGCCACAGGGUUCACAGCCCCUUCGCGGGGAGUCAGUCGGGCCACACUUCCCCAAUGGGUCCUCCCCAACAUCCGAAUCACCAGAUCGGCAUGGCGCAGAGUCCGAAUCAGCACAUUCGAAUGCAGCUCUCGCCGACAAUGAACAACUGUCAAAUGCCAGGAGGACCGAUGUCGUCUCCGCGAGCGAGCAUGCAAACCUACGGAGCCCAGCAGACGCCGUUGGGACCACCGAUGGCUACGCAGGCACCGGGUAACGGCAACGAUCUUCAUGGAGGCGUAUCCGUGACGCAGAACCCUCGGAAAAGACCCCAUAAACAACCUGGUCGCCGAAUGGUGGCCGUCGGUGUGCCGGGGAGCGGGACGGGAGGACCUCGAGCAGCCCUGGGCGCGUCAAACGCACUGUCAACAUCGCCGAACAAAAAGCGACCCAAGAAAGCUGCAGGAGCUGCACUGGCUUCGAAUCGAGCCGAAGACGGUGACAUCGAUGGAUUCCUCGAUAGUCAGAAUAAGCUGAGAUCGCUACCUGCCGUCAAAAUUGUCGAGCCUUCAAUCCAUGCUAACUACAGCGCGUGUCCCAUAUUUGGAAGGGACCGAAGUACACCCAUACAACCACAGUUAUCGGGAACGUUUGGUAGUGGCGAAUUGAAGAAGGCUAGUAAAUAUGGCGGUGAUUUCUACAAACUUCUCGGCACCAAAAAUCAAAAGACCAACAAGGGCGGUCUCCUCAUCAAUCUGUACAACCGUGGCUUCUACAACCAAGAGUUUUCGCAUAGGUUGGGCGCAAACAGCGACCGGUCAAGUCCGGAGGCGCUCUGCUAUUGUUCUAGUCCCGAAGAAGAAGUUCGUGAAAAGCUCUUGGAAAUGCGAGGACUGAAGUUGAUUUGCAGACCGGCAACUCCUAAAGAUUUUGACGAUGACUCCGACUCAGAUCGUUCUCCAUCGCCCGAAUUACCGCUCUAUGCGCCCACACCGCUGCGACCGAAUUUCGAGCCCCACCAUCUUCUCGGACAACUCGAUCCGAAAGCUCUUCAGGCCCAAGCUAACGGUCUGCUGGUGGUUACGUUGACGCUGAGCUCGUCCCACGAUGUGAGGUCUGUCCUAAACUCUCUGUCUAAGAUCUUGGAGCUGGAACCAGAAGAACCGUAUGCGACGAACGGAGAACUCCACUACGAUAUUAUCGAGCGAAUGGAAACUCCUCCGUCGGAGCGCAAGCAAGAUGUCGAGUAUCUCUGGCCAGAUGGGAAGAAACGCUUCUGUAAACACUGCGAUAUUGUGGUCCAUCCAUCGAAGGGUUUGUCGAAGAUGUACUUCAAAGAAAAACCAGCGAAAAUCAAAAGCGAAGACGGCGAACCUGGCGUCCCCGCGCGUCAGGAGGAAGAAGAAGUCUUCUUUUGCGGUGACGUCUGUUACACGCAGUUCGCUUUGUCGCACAAGGUACAGGAGGUACCCGACGUGAAAGUCAUCGUACAGGAGAUUCUCACGGAUUUGGUGAACCGGGUGAGCGAAACCACACCCUACAAACCGCCCCCUGCGCGCCAUCGACAACCAUUCCUACUUCAACGAUCAGAUCCCAACCGAAAAAGUGCCAAAGGUCAUAAAUGGAUGGUAUGGGAACACGGAACACGCCAAAAACUACUUGGGAAGAAGCAUGUGAAUCUAGGUCAAGAAGAAGCGAAUGCUCGGCUCGACGUCUCGCCCAUCGGAAUCAAAAUCGCCGGCGUCACAGACUCACGGAACUGCGUGCUGUGCAUGGCUAUCGGCGAAGGCGAAACCGAGGGCCCCGGUCGACUUCUGAAUCUCGACAUCGAUCAAUGGGUGCACUUGAAUUGCGCCCUGUGGUCUUCAGAAGUGUAUGAGACGGUGAACGGCUCACUCAUGAACGUCGAGGACGCGUGCCGCCGUGCGCGGCGCAACCGCUGCGUGCGCUGCGGCAUGGCAGGAGCCAGCGUACGCUGUUUCAAGAUGAGAUGUACUCAGAUGUUUCAUUUUGGGUGCGCACGCUCGCAGUCCUGCAUGUUCUUCAAAGACAAGACCAUGCUGUGUCCCGCUCACCAGCCGAAGCUUCCCCAGACCGACCUGUUGCUGCCGUCGGUGGCAGUUCUGCGACGAGUAUACAUCUCCCGCGACGAAGUCAAGCAGGUGGCAGCAUCUGUUCAUCGCGGAGAGAACUAUUACAUUCGAGUAGGCAGUUUAGUAUUCCAAGCAUUAGGACAAUUGUUACCGCAACAACUGCAGAACUUCCACUGUCCGAACGCAAUAUAUCCAUGCGGCUUCCGUGUUCUCCGCUUCUAUUGGCACAUGCAGCGGCUGGGUCAACGGCAGCUGUACGAAUGCAUCAUCACCGAGCAGGAUGGAAAGCCCAAGUUCACCAUCACGCCGAUGGGUCAACGAGACCAGAAGCCCAUUGUCGGUUCGACACCGAAGGAGUGCUGGCUGAAAGUCCUCGAGCCGAUCGAGAAGAUGAGGCUCGACGACCAAGCGAUCAAGGUCUUCAAAAACUACAUCACCGGCCAGGACCUUUUCGGACUAACGGAACCGCUCAUCUUGAGGCUUAUAGAAUCUAUUCCGGGCGUUGACACCCUCCAGGACUACACUUUUCGCUUUGGUCCCUCAAUCGAUCUUCCAUUGGCCGUUAACCCCACGGGUUGCGCCCGUUCUGAGCCCAAACUCAGGACACAUUUCAAAAGAUCUCAUGCGCUUUUGCAUUCGAGUAACGGGGCCGGGAGUAACUGGUCGUCGAACGGACCAAGUUCGUCUGGGACGAUGGCCACCGCAUCGAACGCGGCAAACAGUCCCGCGAUGUCACUCGGAAUGCAGCACUCACUCUUGCUCUGCUCCGAUACGCCCUGUCUCCAGAGUCUUUCGCCCGAGAUAGGUUCGCCCUAUUCGAAGCAAUUUGUGCAUUCGAAGGCAAGCCAAUAUCGGCGGAUGAAAACGGAAUGGCGUACCAAUGUAUACUUGGCCCGCUCCAAGAUCCAGGGACUCGGGCUUUAUGCAGCCAAAGACAUCGACAAGCACACGAUGGUCAUCGAAUAUAUUGGCCAGGUCAUCCGUAACGAAGUAGCGAAUGCUCGAGAAAAGCAAUACGAAGCCCAAAACCGCGGAAUUUACAUGUUCCGUCUCGAUGAGAACCGAGUCAUCGAUGCGACACUCACCGGCGGCUUGGCGAGGUACAUCAACCAUAGUUGCAAUCCGAACUGCGUGACUGAGGUGGUCGACGUCGAUAAGGAUCAGAAAAUCUUGAUUAUCGCCAAGAGGAGAAUCACUCGAGGCGAAGAACUUUCUUACGACUACAAAUUCGAUUUCGAAGACGACCAACACAAAAUCGCCUGUUUAUGCGGAGCUCCGGACUGUAAAAAAUGGAUGAAUUAGACCCGAGUCGGUCUUGACGAAAAACGCUGUCAGGACGACGACGCCAUUGAUGAUGGGACGGCUGCGAAGACGGCGACUUCGGGAGGGUUUACGCUAGAAACGAGAGAAGA